AUGGCAAUCCCCCCCAAAAUGCUUGAGCGCCGUACGGUGUUCGGUGUACGGGAAAAUGUCAAGGAUGGUAUCCAGUAUCUCGAUGACGACAACAUUGUUUGGGUUGCAGGUACUACUCUCAUCCUCUUGGAUACUCAGAUGGGCGUACAAGAACUUACUCCAUGCUCUCCUUCGUGUGAAUCCGUUACUGCAAUGACUCUAUCGUUGAAUCAUCAUGUCCUAGCUGUUGCAGAAAGUGGGUCCAACCCUUGCAUAGCUGUUUACUUGUUCGAUGCAACCACGAAGCCGCGCCUGCGGGGCAAGAAGAUAUUGCAGAUCUCCGAUGUAGGCUCGUCUGAGUACGUUUCAUUAAGCUUUUCUCAGGACGGAAAGUACUUAGCAGCUCUGGGAGGAUUUCCAGAGUGGAAGAUAGUCUACUGGAAUGUCGGGAGGGCCAAAGUUCUCUCAGCGUGUUCUGUGACAGGAAGGGAGAAUAUAGCCGCUGACCGCCACUAUCUCAACCAGUGCAGUAUUUCCCCUAACAAUCCUGGACUUCUAUGUGUGUCGGGACCAAAAACUGUUCGAUUUUUCAAACUAGUAGAUAACCAAUUAACUGCAUGUCAAACGACGCGUGGUUUGAAUGGAAAUGUGGCGGAUUGCCUUGCUCACACAUGGAUAAUUUCAGACCCGUACCAGCUUAUCGUUUCUACUUCGAACGGUGACCUCCUCCUGUUUGACAACAUGGAGUACCAGUAUCCACUCCCUAUUUCACCUUCCGAUGGUAUCCCUCUUCAUGCACUGAAGGCGUAUAGUAAAGGCUUUGUUUGUGGUGGUGACAUGGGAUUGAUUAUCAUAUUUGAGAGGACAGAUAACAAGGAGAUGUACCGUAAGGUGCGCAGUUUUCAGUUUACUUCUGAUGGUGAGCCUCGAAAGGAGACGGUAUCCCUAACCAACCAGCAGGACAUGCCUAUAAUUCUUUCCUUUACGAUUACCCCUCCUCCAGCAGAGGAGACUUUGGCCUUUCUUACUAGCACCAAGCAAAUAUAUUGCUUGAACUUACCUAAUGUUGAUUUUAACCGUGUUGACGAUUAUGUAUUUCAGCCCGUUGGCCAGCCUUUUCAUACGGGGCCUGUAGUAGGCGUGGAUAUGAGUUCUCAGCGCCCGCUCGUCGUCACGGCCAGUCGAAAUGGCCAGGUUUUUAUUUGGAACAGCAUUACCAACAGUGUAGAGAUGCGUAAAAGGUUUAAUUCCGAAAUUCGUAGCGUCGCGAUACAUCCGUCUGGGCUCCACCUAUUGGUUGGCUUUGUGGAAAGCUUGAAGCUGAUGAAUAUAUACGCCAAGGAUAUACGAGAGUUCAAGACCAUUGAUAUUCGUUCUUGCUGCGCAUGUGCAUUCAGCACUGGAGGCCAGUUCUACGCCGCUGCACACUCCUCUACUAUACACGUAUACUUUACAUACACCUGUGAGUUACUAGGCCACUUGCGUGGACACAGCGGAAAGGUUAAGAGUCUCUACUUUGUUCCUCCAGAUGAUACACGAAUUAUUUCUACUGGGGCAGAUGGUGCCAUCUACGAGUUCAAUCUGAUGGACUUUCACAAAGUUAACGACAAUGUAGUCAAGGCCAUUGCAUAUAACUGUUCCGUCGCCGAUGUAGGCACCAUUUGGGCGGCCGGGAACGAUCGAAAGCUGAGACAACUAGACCGUCACAGUCUGCAAAAAUGUGUGGAACACGAUCUGCACAACGCCUCGAUGCUUUCCAUGGCGAUAAGCGUUCAGAUGAAGCUUCUCUUCGGGGGCUGCGAUGACGGUACCGUGCGGGUGCUGAACACGUACUUGGGGGAGAAGCUCUUUGAUCGUGAUCGUGAGUCACUAAAGUCAAACACUGGUACUCGCCCCAGUAUUACCAUCGAGACGCAUCCUGCGCACACAGGUGGAGUUAGUAUGCUGGCCUUGAGUUAUAACGAAAGUGUCUUAGUGAGUGUUGGGGAAGAUGGCUUGGUGGUGCUUUGGGAUGUGGUAGCACCACAUCGUGGCGGGCGUGCCGAAAUCGAGUACUCUAAUGAGCUACUCAUCGACAGACAUGAGCUGGAGAAGAUUGCCAAGUUAAUUGAGUCUUUACAAAAUCAGGUGAUAGAUUUAAAGCAACGCAUGGUUCAGCAGCAAUUGGAGCGGGAGCAGUCACAUGAGGAGAAUAUUGCGAAAAUGGAGCGUGAUUACCGCCGUGAACUCUCCAAGCUGACAGAGAAGAUCAACGCACUGGAUUCCGAAAAAAAUGAACAGGCCAUUCGCUUUACUGAGUAUAUGGCGGAAUUAGAAGCGAAGACCCAUGAGACUACCGAACAGACGGAAGAAGAUUAUAGCGCCAAAAUCUCGUCGAUGCAUGACCGUGUGAAUCAGCUCCGUAUCCUUCUUUCCGAGCAGCGCGCGGAGUAUGAAAGUAAAGUUGCUGAGAUUCGUCGUGAAGCCGCAGCCCAGCGUGCCGCGCAGCAGGUGCAAAGGACUCAAUCACUGCAGCAGCUCGAGGAACAGUAUCAUGCGCUGCUGCUGAAAAAGGAGCAGAAUGACGCAGAAACCGAGGCCAUGAACAAGUGGAUUGAAGAGGAUAAUGAUAUAGAGCUAAUCAAAUGCAAAGAAAGUUACGAGAAGAGACGUCGCGAGCAAGAGGAGGAACUAGCGGCAUUACAGAUUGCUAACAGCUUGAUGUUUGCACAGGAAAACAUCAAAAAGACUGAGUUGGCGUCCAAAACGGCAGACGUGAUGGAUAAGUUGCGACAACAGGCCACGCUAGAGGGCCAGAUAGACACAGCCAAGCACGACAUCAAGGCAUUGACGAAUGAGCUACGUGAGCGAGGAGAUGCGAUAGAGGAAAAGGAGAGACGCAUUGCUGACCUGCAACUAAAGAACCAGGGGCUGAAUAAGUUCAAGUUCGUGCUUGAGUACAAAAUAAAGGAGUUGAAGGCACAAAUUGAACCUCGUGAGGCUGAGAUACGCUCGGCUACCGAAAAGCUUACUUGCAUGGAUGCUGAAGCCGAGCGGUAUCAACAUAGCAACGAAAAUUUAGUGUUGCAGAUCCGUAAUUUGCGUCAGAAGAGGGCUGGGCGCCAGAAAGAAGUUGACUCACUCACUACUAAGAUGAAAGCUGUUGAGGAGUUCCAAUCUCGCCUCUGGACGGAACUUUGUGAUGUACACGACGAGAUACACAACCCACGUAGACUCAAGGAGAUGGCCAAGGCACUUUUUGAUAAGUACACCUCUAAUAAACCACAACCUGCAGUUCAAAAAACUCUGACCUCUCGAACCGCGACUGACGAAGUUCGCGAUUAUCACCGCGAGCGUGACCAUCUGGAGCGCAACUUGGCAAGUCUAAAAAAAAAAGUUAACAGAGACGCUGAGAACAACCGGGCUGACAAGAAUCGUAUUUUAUCUGAAAAUGUCAUUUUAGUAAAGGAAAUCAAUGACUUGAGAAAGGAGGCUCGAACACUGGCAAUCAAGGUUGGCAUAAUACGUCCGACUGAUCCGAGUGCGUCUGCGGCUUAUGAAGAAUCGUACCUGCGCGAGUUGGAGACCUACAAGGCUGAAUUGACGAAAUUGAAGCAGAUUGCUGAAAGAUUGGAGGGGAAACUUAAGGCUAAAAAUAUAUCUAUUCCAGGUAUGAGUGGAAUGAAAUCAGAUUGUGGAGGGAAGGGGAUAGGGUUGUAG